AUGUUUAUCAAAUAUGGCUUGAAAGAUGAGAAUAAAGGAACUGCAAAAGUUUCGCGCGAGAAAGAAAAUGAAAUCGUCUUUGAAUACCCUUGCGAAUCAAAUUAUGAUUGCACACCUUACUACGCAAAAAUCCCAGCAGGCCAAUACAUCUUUGAAGUUUGGGGAGCACAAGGUGGUCAAAACGGCGGCCUUGGUGGCUACGCAAAAGGCACUAUCUCACUCAAAUUAAAUACUACUGCCUUUAUUUCUAUCGGCGGCCAAGGAAGCAGUAACACUGAUAAUGAGUUUCACCCCGGCGGUUACAAUGGUGGUGGCACAGGCCGUGGCCAUGCCAUAGAAUAUCACACCGGCGGUGGAGGAGGUGCCACAGACAUCCGCCUUCUUUCUGAUACGCUUUAUCACCGCGUCAUUGUGGCUGGUGGCGGUGGUGGGAUUAUAUCUGGUUUAGAAUGUGAGACCUACGGAUUCGGCGGUGGAGAAUUUGGUGGUGAUGGUUGUGAGAAAGGGCGUAAUUCAUUUUCAGGUAAAGGAGGCAAUCAAAUCAGUCCAGGCGAAUCUGAAGAAAUAGUUAAUCAACAACAUCCAGGUUUUGGAAUUGGCGGAUCAGUAACCGCUAACUCCAAAAACAUCGGAUCGGGCGGUGGAGGUGGCUGGUAUGGUGGCUCGAUAUCGUAUUUUGAUCCUGAUAUUAACGUUUAUUUAGAUCCUGAAUAUCAAAUAUCUCCUAAUUCUGGAGCUGGUGGAGGGUCUGGAUAUGUUCUGACAAAAGACUCAUACAAACCAGCAGGUUAUUUUUCUUCCGAAGAUGAUUAUUUUAUGACAGAUAUUGAUUUAUCAGGUCGAAUUAAACAACGAGGCAACGGGAAAGCCAAGAUCACUUUAUUAGAAUUAUUUGAAGAUGAAAAAGAAGUAGAAGAAGAAAUCAAAGAAUCUCCUUGUCAUAACUACAUAGAACAACAUUUCCUAAUGAGAAAGAGAUAA